GCAGUUGUGUACGAUGAACGCAACCAUCGAGAGCUCAGGGAACUCAGGCCGGAAGAGAUUGGUGGCAGGACGAGCAAGUACAGGUGGUCACAAACCAAUUGGGAAAUUCGAUGUCAAGUGCCAGUCGAUCCAGAGACGACAAAGUAUGACAUCCAGUGCUGCAUAAAGCGAAGGCACCUCUUGUUGCAGGUCUUUGAGGAGGUUAUCUUUAAUGGCCCUCUAGUGGAUGAUGUGGAUUUGGAGGAGUCUUGUUGGACUUUGGAAAGACACACUGACAGCUUUCCCCCAAAGCUAGAAAUCAACAUCGUUCUCAAAAAGGAAAGGGAAUCACAAGGCCGCAACCACUGGAGAUGCAUUGUGCAAGGCGAGCCGCAGAUAGAUGUUGACUGGCUUGGUCCACCAAUCAAGGUGGUGCACCCCAUGGACGUUGCCACGUUGCGUCUUUUGCAGCAGAACAGCGAAGAUCCGGCAAUGCCAUUCUGCAACAUGCGUGAUACCAUGGCGAAAGCUCGCUCACAAAAGCCGUCAAUGUCGGCCAAGAAGAAAGUCCUUCUCAAAGUGAUCAUCUUGGGAGAUAGCGGGGUGGGCAAGACAUCGUUGAUGAACCAGUACGUCAACAAGAAGUUCACCAACCAGUACAAGGCCACCAUUGGUGCUGACUUUUUGACCAAAGAAGUCAUGAUCGAUGACAAGCUCGUGACAAUGCAGAUUUGGGAUACUGCUGGACAAGAGCGGUUUCAGUCCUUGGGUGUUGCGUUCUAUCGCGGUGCUGACUGCUGUGUCCUGGUACACGAUCUGACUGUGCCAAAGACCUUCGAAUCCUUGGAGGUUUGGCGUGAUGAGUUCCUUAUCCAGGCAAGUCCUCGCGAUCCUGACAAUUUUCCCUUUGUUGUGCUUGGCAACAAGGCAGAUCUCGAGAGCAAGCGCAAGGUUACCGCAGCUAAAGCCACACAGUGGUGCAAGUCGAAAAACAGCAUACCGUACCACGAGACCAGUGCUGCCACUGCACAGAACGUGGAGGUAGCCUUUCAGGAGAUCGCUCGCCGGGCAUUAAAGCAGGAACAUACAGAGGACCCGAUAUACCUUCCAGAGACGCUGACCCUGAAUAAUCAGCAGAACUUCUCCAACAAUCGACCCAUGGGGCCUGAUUGUGCCUGCUGA